AUAUCAAGCGCAAGUUAUACAAAUUCAAGUUGAGGAUAGUUUCCACUGGAUGACACAAUUGCUCUAGUCUGUUGGUUGUGGCAGUCCUUCAGUCCUGUGAGUACCAGCUGGGCCCCUGGGAUGCAAUGAUGUAAUCUCUAGGUCAUAGAAUAGUGAUGCUGACUUACAUCAUAAUAGCCCUUGAUGGUAUAUUGAGUGCUGGUCAGGACAGUGGUCUAGUGAGAAAGUAGUUUCUCAAGUGAUUUGUUGUUCUUGAUCGUACUGGUUUGAUUCUUUGUUAUCAUAAGUUGAGUUUUUGAAAGUAGAAUUUCAGAGAGAAAGAUACUGUCUGGAGUCCCUCGCUGAAGAGGUGAAUCAUGAAGAAGAAACAAAAAAGGAAACAUCUGGAAAGCCCAUCGUCCCCCCCAAAUGCCAAAAAGUCAAGAGAUCUGGAGAAUCAACAAAAGGCAGCAGCCUCAAAUUCAGUCCAGACGACAAAGAAGGCUUCAUCUUCUUCCUCAGAGUAUUUCUCCAGCAACUCUUUAGAAAACAAGCUCACUGGUGCUGAACUCCAGAGGGCAACCAAGGAGGAUGCACCCCUUCCUACGUCCUCUGCCGUGGUCCCCCCUGGUGGUGAGGCAGCAAAACAACAAUCCUCUGCCUCAGAGUACUUCUCCUGUUUCUCGUCCUUAUCUCAGAUCAUUCGUGCUAAUGAGGAUGAACUCCAGAGGGCAACCAAGGAGGAUGCACCCCUUCCUACGUCCUCUGCCGUGGUCCCCCCUGGUGGUGAGGCAGCAAAACAACAAUCCUCUGCCUCAGAGUACUUCUCCUGUUUCUCGUCCUUAUCUCAGAUCAUUCGUGCUAAUGAGGAUGGAGUUCCUCAAACAGAUCAGCUCUUUUCUUCUUCCACGAAAAGUGAGACUUCCUCACCCUUUCUCUAUAACUCCUUUCCAUUCCAUGUGGCUGAUGAUCCUAAGCCUUCUGUGUCCUCAGCAAACUCAGAAGAGGAACCAUCCAUUAAUAUAUACUAUAAAAAUGUAAGAACAAAAAGGGGGGUGGCUGUCUUCGAUGAUGAGCAGGAAAGCCUGGAGCCUCCCACCAAAAAACCAAAACAAGAAAAAAAGACCUUUUCUGAUGAGCCACCAAGUGUCAGUGCAUCCAGACUGACAGCUGAAAAGCAGGAGAAAGGGAAGGAGGCUGACAGUCCACCAGUGCCUCCAGCUGCCGAAGAAUAUCCCAGGGCCAAGACGCCUGAAUGGCUCGUGGCCCCGGAUAGUGGCUUCAGGUGCAUGGCCUGCUGCCGGGUCUUUCCCAGCUUGGAGGUCCUCCAGGAACACGUGAAGCAUGGAGUCCGUGAGGGCUUCAGCUGCCAUACUUUCCAUCUGACCUUGACUUUGCUGAAGAGCAAGAAAAGGGUAGAGAAGGAAAAGAGUAGGCAGACAAAGAAUACUAAGAAUACUGGCAUAUAGAUGCCGGAAAGAGAAAAAUUUUGGCCUGAAGUUGUCUUCAUACAAAUAAACAGAACUCUUUCCAUCCACUCCAGGAGAAGCAGUAGAGUAGGCCAGACUCUACUGAGAAGGGCUUCAUCUUCUCUAAGCAGCCCUAGGACCCAUUUUUAUUUAUGUGUCACAUCUCCCACUACCACCACUCCCAGCACACCACCACCAGGAGCAGACAACCCCUUUCAACUAUCUCCACUGCUCUCCCAAGAAGGAGGGAGAAGAAGGCAGAUCACACCAUGCAGAACUGCAAGAUGGUCUCAUACAAACUAAAGAGCAAUGACCACUCACAUAUCAUCUCUACCUGAAAAAAGAAGACCUACUGGAAGGGGAAACUGCUGGGGGCCGGAUUGUAGAAGAGACCCACUGGCCCAGAGAUUUCAAAUGAUGGUGUCCAGCACACCCUGCAGUCUGAUGGGAGCACAGAAGUUCUCCUAAGCCCCCCUAGCAUCUAGGGAUGGCUGGCUGAAGAUACAUAUACCUGAUACUCUGCAGCUGCUCCCAGUUGACCUGGUAAAAUGCGGUGCCCAGCUCUAGAGAAAAUAUCCGCCUAGAGCCAUGAGAAGUCCAAGGAAUGCUGGGAAUUACUGGGCACUCAGGAGCCCCGUGGAAUAACUCCUGCUGACCCUCCCCACCCUGCCAGGAGGCAGGCACCACUGAAAAUCCCUUCAAGAUUGCCUUGUUGGGAAGAGGGCAGUAUAGGUAGAGAGAUGUUAGUACUGUGAUCAGGCCAUGAUACCUUCCUAGAGCUUUGGCUGGUGGAAUAAGAAGAUUGACGACAGCUUGGCAGAACUUAAGGAAGGAGACUGUUAGCUUGACAGAGGAUCUAAAAGGAUAUUUCUGAUCUCUUUCCUCCGUUUGUCUUCUACUUGUAGCUUCUCAAGUCCCUUGAUUUACUGUAGGUUUGAAGACCUGGCUUACAGGUCUUACUCUCCAGCCCGGCCCUUACUCUUUACUCCUCCACACCUUCUAUCUAUGAAUAUGUGCCUGAACACUCCAAAUAUCAAUGGUCCAGAUUGUAAUCCAUAUUCUUCCUCCCCUCCACUUGCACCCAUACAUUUGCUCCACUGUAGUCUCUGUUAACUUAUACUUAUUUUUCUAUAUCCCUUUCUUUAUAUGAACAUACACCCUUCUCCUUAUCUUUUUUAACUUACUCACUUGCACAGUUAUCUGGCUGACAGAUAGACAUUCUUAUUAUUGAGAGAGAAAAAGCUAUUUCACAAAUGAAACAAAAGCAAAGAAAACCCCCCACUUGGCUUCUCUGAGCUUGGGCACACAUAGGUGUGCAAAUACUUCUUAUACAGUCACAGGAGAGAGGAUGGAACAUGUAAUAAAUCAUCAUGGAUGAUCAAAUAUGUGUACACGAGGGUGUCACAGAAGUCAUAAUGCAGCCUUAAGCUUAAUUUUAGAAGCAUAAAAGACACCAAGUUUUGAAAAAUAUAAUUUGCAUGUUCAAUUAUUUGCAAGUCACUUACACUUCAUUGUGCCUUUUCAAAGAUAAAUUUUUAAUUUUUCUUUUGUCACUCUGCCAUAAUCAAUCAGAAGUUCAGAAACAGGGAAAUUUUCAAGUGUUCUUUAUAGUUUGCAAAUAAUAUAAGGAAAAUUAAAAUAGUUCAACUUUGAAAUGGGAUCAUUUAUAAUUUUUAGCUUUACACUUUCAGAAGUGCAUGUUUCAGAAGUUCAUGACAGCUAUAUGGCAUUUGGGACAUACAUAUUUACAUAGGUAUAUACAGGUUUAUAUAAGUUUAUAUAUGUAUAUAUACACAAACCUG